AUGGCCUCAUCAGAUUCACAGGCGCUGGCGAAGCGCAGUGCAGAAACCGCCUUGAUGCCACCGCCUCCAGCGCCGAAGCGACAGCGACGACCAGCGAAAGUACUAGACGAAGACGUGUAUUCGGACGCCAUAUCGCACAUCAUCGCGCGAGACUUCUUCCCAGGAGUAUUGGAGACUGAAGCACAGCAAGAUUACAUGGACGCGUUGGACAGCAAGCACAAUGACUGGAUUCGUGAAGCAGGCAGGAAGUUGACUCAGGUCAUGACACCCGUGCCAGAAGGGCAGCGUAGAAUGGGCAGAGGCACAGGCUUCACGCCACGGAGAAGUACUGCACUCGGCGACACACCUCGAACAUAUGUCGGCGACACUCCAAGCCGAACACCGAUCGACAACGACCACUUCGCGGAAGAGACAAAGCCAGAAGUGGACGUCAAUAUGUCGCUGGGAGCAUUCCAGGCAAAGUACACUUCGGAAGACAACGAAAGCUUCAACGCUCUACUGGACAAGCAGAACGAGAAACGUGCUGCCAAGUAUGGCUUCUUUCACCAGGGCAAUAAGAUACCUUCUGCCAGGCAGAUAGCAUUUCGUGAGCACCAGCAGAAGCUGUUAGAUGGUGGUACUGGCAGCACAUCUACAGCUGUGAUCACUACAAACGCUGCUGGAGAAGAGAGACGGUCAUUAGCAGCUGCAGGCCCCUCGGAGGACUUGGAUGCACGGCCGGCGUCUGUUGAGAGCUUUCGCAAUCGUCAAGGGCCUCGUAAUCACUUCAUGUUCGGUCCGGACGGUGUCGAGGAUGGGACUAUCACCAGAGCCCAGCAGGCAGAGCUUUUAUCCAAUGCUCCGCCCAAAGCUGUGCAGUAUGCUGCGACACGCUUCCGUGCGGAUGCUCCUAACCCUGAAGACAUCAUCCCUGCGAGUCCGUCAAUGAGUGCGAUUGAUGCUGCGAUAGCAGGUCGUCCGAAAGCAACACAGUCAGAGUCCGGCUACAGUGGAGCAGAGACACCAAGAGUCAACGGCUACGCUUUCGUGGACGCUGAGCCUACGCCAAGUGAGCUCGGUAUACCCGUGUCAGAUGAAGAAGCAGAUGCUGUGGAGCAAGAAGCUGUCAAGCAGCUACUUCCAAAGGCCGACGAAGAUGGACCUAAUCCAUUCAACAUCUCACAGCGCAGCAAACGCGAAGACCUCCACUUGAGAUUGGUCGAGAAGGCGGUUUCCAGCCGAAGAAAAGGUGGCCGCCUUGAUCAGUUACGGGAUCUGGGCAUCACACCUGGAUGUACUCCCACGCCAAAGUUCGCCAGCGGUGCGAACAUCCGCAAAAGUGGUGACAUGACUCCUGCAGCACAGAGACUGGCUCAGAAAAUCGGGACCCCGAGGAGGGAAGGAGGUAUAUUCGGGUCUGGACGUGCUGACAAGGCUAGCUGGACGCCUACACCAAGAGUCAAGCGAUGA